AUAGAAUCUCACGAGCAAGAUCUGCCUCAAGUCAUCGGGCGAGCGCUAAAGUUUGCUGAAGAAGCCCAACCGGAUCUAAAAGCAAGCGAUGCCAUCGUUACAUUGGACAGAGAGAACGAAGAUGAAAGCUAUAGACAAUUAUGCUCCGCCAUAUCAAACGGCGUGUCAACCAUCGUAGACCUGUCGUGGUCGCCAUGGGAUUCGCUAGAGGAGUUAUCCAGCGCCGCUGGUAUACCUCUGCUUAGAGCACGGCUUGGCUCCCAACACCUGAUUAGAGCUAUGGAUGAAUAUCUAGAGUCGAGAAACGCUACUGAUGCAGCUUUACUUAUGGAAAGUGAGACUGAUGUAGACCGGACACUUUACGAACUUCUUGGCGAAUCCAACGUGCGUGUUUGGGUCCACGCCGGACUGACCAGAGAUUCCGCACGUGCAUUGAAAACGAUGCGGCCUGAACCAAGCUUCUACGUCGUUGUUGGCAGCGGGGCGUUUGUGACUGACACUUAUAAGAGGGCAGUUAAAGAAAAGCUCGUCCGCCGUGACUACCGCUGGAACCUGGUGCUGACUGACUACUCGACCUUGGACCUGCAGCCUAUAAAACCAGCUAUGGUGCUCCAGGUGGACCCUGCAGAAUGCUGCAAGGUCAUCGGCCAGAAAGAAGGUUGCAGCUGCUCACAAGAUUUCGAGCGCAAACAGCCAAUCCUCUCAGCUUUGCUUCAACUUCUGGCAGAAACCUACUCAAAACUAGACGAUGAUUUCACAACCAGGGUGGACUGUGAUAACCUGGUCUCGGAGAAUGGCACCAGAUCUAAGGUCUAUCGGCAGCUGGCUGAAGAUUUGGGGGCUACUAAUGAGAGCUUAUUUUAUUGGGAUGCUGAAAGAUCCGGCAUUUUCCUCCGCUCUCGCUUCAUAUUAUCAACCUUGAAGCCAGAUACAGGUCUACAGCACGCAGCUAUCUGGUCAGCCGAUGAAGAGUAUAAGUUACUACCAGUAGUGACCAUGGAACCGCUAAGACAGUUCUUCAGAAUUGGUACUGCACCUGCUGUACCCUGGACGAUGCCAAAGUUAGACCCAAAUACUGGAGAGCCAAUGUUUAACGAAGAUGGCGAACCUGAGUAUGAGGGCUACUGCGUCGAUCUCAUUCAGAAGCUGUCUGAGUCAAUGGAUUUCGACUACGAAAUAAUAACUCCAAAAACCGGCUCGUUUGGGAGAAGACUACCAAAUGGAACGUGGGACGGAGUUGUCGGCGAUCUUAUGAGAGCUGAGACGGACAUAGCGGUGUCAGCAUUGACCAUGACGGCUGAAAGAGAGGAAGUGAUUGAUUUUGUUGCGCCGUAUUUUGAACAGAGUGGUAUACUUAUUGUGAUACGAAAACCGACUCGUAAAACUUCCCUCUUCAAAUUCAUGACCGUACUCCGAACUGAAGUGUGGCUGAGCAUCGUGGCGGCACUAGUUUUGACAGGCUUCAUGAUCUGGCUGUUGGAUAAAUACUCUCCUUAUUCUGCGAGGAAUAAUCCUGAUGCUUAUCCGUACCCUUGUCGAGAAUUCACUCUAAAAGAGAGUUUCUGGUUCGCCCUUACCUCCUUCACCCCCCAAGGUGGAGGGGAGGCUCCCAAAGCGCUAUCUGGACGUACCCUGGUAGCCGCGUAUUGGCUAUUUGUGGUGCUGAUGUUGGCUACUUUCACUGCGAAUUUGGCUGCUUUCCUGACCGUUGAGAGGAUGCAGACACCAGUGUCAUCUCUAGAACAGCUAGCACGACAGUCUAGGAUCAACUACACUGUGGUAGAAGGAUCUACCAUACAUCAAUACUUCAUCAACAUGAAGUUCGCUGAAGACACACUGUAUAGGGUAUGGAAGGAGAUAACACUGAACGCGACAUCAGACCAGUCUCAGUACCGGGUGUGGGACUAUCCAAUCAGGGAGCAAUACGGACACAUAUUACUGGCCAUCAACGCUUCUAUGCCUGUACCAGACGCUAAAACCGGGUUCAGACAGGUAGACGAACAUACAGAUGCCGACUUUGCUUUCAUACACGAUUCCGCUGAAAUCAAAUAUGAGGUGACUCUGAACUGUAACCUCACAGAAGUUGGCGAAGUGUUUGCUGAGCAGCCAUACGCCAUCGCUGUUCAGCAAGGUUCUAGGCUUCAGGAGGAACUUUCUAGAGCUUUACUGGAUCUACAGAAGGAGAGACUGUUGGAACAACUAGCUGCUAAGUACUGGAAUGAAACUGCUCGACAACAGUGCCCUGAUGCCGACGAGUCAGAGGGUAUCACUUUGGAAAGUUUAGGUGGCGUCUUCAUAGCAACACUCUUCGGCCUCGGCCUAGCCAUGAUAACUCUGGCUUGGGAGGUGUUCUACUAUAAGAGAAAAGAGAAGACUAAAGUGAGACAGGACGAGCCUAAACCUAAGAAGGCGUUUGAGAAGGAUUUGGAGAAAAAAAUCGCGGGUGGUGUGGCCAGGCUGAGGAAGCGAGACAAAAAAGAAAAGAAGGGACAAGUGACAAUCGGAGAUACUUUCAAACCUGUGUCUGAAAAAGAUGGCGUUUCUUAUAUCAGUGUUUAUCCGAAGACAGAAUAUAAACCAUAGACCAAAUACUAUAUAAAUUCUAGAGUUAAUACGUGCAGCUUCUGACGUUUCCCAUACAAUGGA